AUGGCAGGAGUGGGUAAGACAACUUUGGCAAAAGUCAUUUGUGAUAGAAUAUCUUACCAAUUUGAAGCUAGCAGCUUUAUUGCCUGUAUUAGAGAAGAAACUAGAAAUCGUGGUUUAGAUUCUUUACAAAAACAACUUCUUUCUAAGAUUUUCAUGGAAAGGGCAAUAAAUAUAUGGGACGAUCGUGAGGGAAUGAGUAUGAUAAGAAAUAGACUAUGUUAUAAAAAAGUAUUUUUAGUCCUUGACGAUGUGGACAGAGUAGAACAUCAAACAGCAUUAGCAGGGAGCCAUGAUUGGUUUGGUCUGGGGAGUAGAAUCAUUUUAACAAGCAGAGAUAACCAUCUAUUGAAAAGACAUGGAGUGAAUGAUAUCUAUAAGGUCAAUGAGUUGAAUAAAGAUGAAGCAUUGCAGCUCUUUAGUUGGGUAGCUUUCAAGAAACCCCAUCCUCAAGAAAAUUAUGUGGAUUUAUCCAAAGGCUUUGUGAAAUAUGCUCAAGGCCUUCCUUUAGCUCUCAAAGCUUUAGGGUCCUCCUUGUUUGGUAGAGGAACAAAUGCAUGGAAAGGUGCUUGGGAUCAACUGAAAGCAAAUCCUAAUAAAGGAAUUUUAGAUAUACUUCAAGUAGGUUUUGAUAGAUUGGAGGAUUUGCAAAAGAAAUUGUUUUUAGAUAUUGCUUGUUUUUUCAAUGGAGAGGUCUUAGAUAACAUUUUAAUGGAUAUAUUAGAAAGUUUUGGUUACUACCCAUACCUCAAUAUUGAAAUUCUCAUAGAGGAUGCAUGA